UCUAACUUAAAGGAAGAACUAUUUACGUUGUCAUACAUUUGUCUCUGAACUUCUAGAUUUAUUAGAGAGUAUUUCAUUUAUGAUGUAUCAGGUACAUUGCCGGUGGUGUAUGGAGAACAAUGGUGAAAAUUCGUCCGUGUUAGAUAUAAAAGUGGGUGCACAUUUUAAGAAAUGGUGCGUGAUGCAGUCGAAAAUCAAGUCGGGCGCCAUCAACGAGUACAAGAAAGAGGUAGAGGUCAUGCUGGAUGUUGCCCGCUCGUAUAUCAAAUCGAAUACGGUCACUGGUGGCGAGACCGAUAACUCAUCGUCCUCACCCCCGGUCAUACAAGUUACCAGCUAGCAUUAAAGUUGGGGUAUAAUUUAUUUCCUGUAAUUUUAUUGUAUAAUCUAUUUUUUUCUUCCCUUUAAUAUAAGUAGCGUAAGUCAUGUAGAG